GUCUCGAGCGCCCACGGCUCAAGCCCAGCGCUGGUCGGCUGGUGCCAAGCCAAGCGCUAGCGGCAGUCCACUAAACCCGACCGAAUCCGUGCCUUACUGACUUGCGUCAGUUGCGUGCAUGUCACGGAACCAGGUGCUCAUUGACAGUCAACUCGUCGCAAUUAAGCCGCUAAAUGCACCAUCAGUACUUGACGUGGUGCUUGAGUGCCGCGCUCGCGUCUGCGUGAUCGGGCGGGAGUCUUUGACCGCCUUCACCUUCGGAGCGCUGGAUGUCCACAUGCUACUAAUAUAACUGGAUGUCCUUUACAUAUGCUACUGAUAUGACUCUUAUUUGAAUACAGUCCGCCUGUUGGCUGCCGUGAGCACGCGAAGAACCCUAAUUUCGGUGCCCACGCGUUCUGCGCCCCCGACUUGACUACGACGGAUUUCAAUAGCUCUGUGAUGCAAGGUCGCUGCAGCCUGCGUGUGCAGCAGCGUUGCCGGCAUGGGCGCAUUGCUGGCCUUAGAAGCGUUGUCCUGACGUGUCGCCUUCUGAGUGCGGCACGCAGCGUCACCUCCGCGGCCACGCCACCCGCUGCAGGCGCCGGCGCGCCCGUUGCUGCGACGCAAGAUGCAUCCUGCCCUCUUCUCGCAAUGCCUUGGUCACGCCGCACGGCAUUGCUCGGCUUCUCAGUCUUGUCAGGGGUGGCGCUUAACCUCGGCGGUAGCGGCACGGCUGCCGCGGCGCCGCUGCUGCGCUCGAUGGGAUGGACUGUCGAGUCUGAGCUGACGGUGCUGAACGAUUUGGAGCACCCCAUCAAGAUCUACUGGCUUAACUAUGAUGGAGACGCGGAGCUCUUUGGCUCGCUGAACCCGGGCAGUGUGUUCACGGUCAAGACCUACGAGUCGCACGCCUGGCGCUUUGUGGACUCGUCCACUGGCUACACGGUCGCGGAGCACGUGGCGGCGGCGGGGCAGCAGGUGGUGCGUGUGGCGUCGAAGACGGGCGGCGUUGUGGCCUACACCACCGCCCAGUCGCCCGGUCUGGCGGCGCCGCAGCAGCGCACGCUGGCAGGCCGCGGCAGUGGAGGAGCAGGGCUUGCGCAGCAGGAGCAGCUGGCGGCGCCGUCAGCCACCGAGCCGCCGCGCCCGCUGGAGCCAUCCUCGCCUGCACCACCGCCGGCGGCCUUUGAGGGUUUCGACGGGCUUGGGAACGAUGAGGCCGCCUACAGCCUAGCGCAGCUGCGCGAGGUGAGCAUCUACCCGGGCGGCGGCAACGUGCUGCUGCUGCUGCCCGGCUCCGACACCCCUCUGGAGGUGGCGCUGGCGGGGCCCGAGGCGCUGAGCCUGGUGGCGGCCACUGGCUCGCUGGAGCAGCGCCGGCCGUCCACGCUGGGCACCUGGACCCGCUCGCUCAUGGCAAGCGGCGUGGAGGUGCGGCGCGUGUGCAUCACGCGCAUGGUUGAUGGCAUCUUCUACUCGCGCAUCGUGCUGUCGCGCCCCAACGAGCCCGGCGGCGGCAGCGAGGCCGGCGCGUCCAGCCUGUGCUCCCUGGACGCCACGCCCGGCGACUCGCUGUCCCUGGCGCUGGCGCUGCGCCGACCCAUCUACGUCAACAACGAGGUGGUCAGGCUGCACCGCUCGGUGAUGGAUGUGUUCAUCCGGCGGCGUGAGGCCAUGGAGGCGGCGGCGGCCAGCGGCGUGUUCGACGAGGCGGCAGAAGCGGAGGCGGACCGCGCGGCUCAGGAUGCCCUGGACUCCAUCACCCGCGCCAUUCCCUCGGCGCCGCGGGCCGUGCACGACUUGCAGCUGGACCACACCCUCAGUGCCUAGACAGCGCGGCACCGGUGGCUGCUGUAGAGUGGCGUCCUGCCUCCAGCGCCAUAGCGCAUACCGUGACUGGUGUGAGGCGAUGCCGGUGUUGGAAGGCAGCGGGUUGUACUUUAUUGUCUGCGUGCUGUAGCACGCUAGCCCCAAUCGAUCUAAUAUUACAGGCUCAAUCGGUACGUUAUGAGGAUUGAAUUGCCUCUUCGUCUGGCAUGUAUGGUAUGCUUAGGUGUGGUGCAGCUUUUGGGUUGGCACGGGGGGUAUCUGAUUGUGAUGUUGGGCAACCCCCUUGGCGGUCUGAGGGGCAGGUGCGUCACUCAGGACGUAGAACCCAAGAACCCAGACCCAAGUCGCCGUGACUUUUGAUGGUCUGCGUGCAUGCAUCUUGUUGCUGCGAUAGAUCCCGCUGGCAAUGUUCGGAGUGUAUAGUACGUGGUGUUCGGGGUGCGCCUUUGUGGCGAGUGGCACCUGACAAAUUGUGGCGGUUCCGCAGCGGGAACGUCCCUCGGAGCGGAGGCGACGUUGGAAGUUGUGUUGUGUUGGUAUGUUGGCGCACUGUGUGUACCUCUGGUAUCACCUGCUCGAUUUGCACACCGUGCGUGGUUCAGGCCUGUUUGGUGCGUUUGAUGUCGUGUGAUGUUGGCGGUUUAGGUUGCACAGUGGUGCCGAAUAAGAGAGCACUCAUUGUAUCAUAGGAGCUGCCGGUUGUCACGUGGGCUGUCCCCUCAAAGCCCGAUGUCAUGUACAGUAGGGACGAGCGGCAGGUGAAAGGACUGAGCGCAAUCAGGACGUGCUUCCGCGUGGCGCCUGUGUUCCGAGCUCAGGGGAGGUGCACUUGUGUUGGUUGUGGUGCUAGGACUGCACUACGGUACGGUACACGGCAUGUACAACAGCAAGGGCUGCAAGGCAUGGCGCAGAUGUGCCGUUGCUGGGAGGGAGGGCAGACGAAGAGUCGAAGACACCAAGGCGAAUGUAUUCCCAAGAGACGACAUAGUAGGUUGCACUGUACGUUCGGAUUGUACCCAGAUGCCUUGUCGGCGGCUGAGUAGGAUGGCGCGGUGGCCGUGUGGCGCCAGGCAAGAGAGAAAGCCGCAGUAACGCUUCUACUCUCCGACGCAUCCAACACCACUGUACACACGUCUGGG